ACUCUGCACCUUGGCUGGAACCUGAGACGGAUUCGCCCCCAAAUGAUGCUCCAGUGGCAGGAGCAGCACAAGUUUAUCCUUGUCCCGAGAAAGGGGAGCAGCGCGGUUCUUGCCCCUUUCAGCAGAACGAGUGGCAUCCUUCAUCUGGACGUGCCAAGGCUCGGGUUGUGAUUUUCCUGGGGACGGUGGAGACCCGCGCGCCUGCCCUGCACGUCAGGCGACACGCCGUGGAGCCCUGUUUGCUGCUGUGACCGGCCAACGUGCGUUUCCGUCCACCUCUUACACGUCUUCAUUUAUCCGUGGAUCAUUUCCAGAGUGCGUCUUGUAAAUGUUUAGCACGUUGCUGCUUUACUGCUUCUUUCUGGGGACUGUUCCAGCACUUGCCGAGACCGGCGAAGAGAGGCGCCUGAGCCCGGAGAAGAGCGAAAUAUGGGGACCCGGUCUAAAAGCGGAUGUCGUCCUCCCCGCCCGCUAUUUCUAUAUUCAGGCGGUGGAUACAUUCGGGAAUAGAUUCACAUCUUCUCCGGGUGAAAAGGUGUUCCUAGUGAAAAUCUCAGCACCAGAGGAACAAUUCACCAGAGUUGGAGUCCAGGUUUUAGACCGAAAGGAUGGGUCCUUCAUAGUACGAUACAGAAUGUAUGCAAGCUACAGAAAUCUGAAGGUAGAAGUUAAAUUCCAAGGUCAACAUGUGGCCCAAUCCCCCUAUAUUUUAAAAGGGCCAGUUUACCAUGAAAACUGUGACUGUCCUGUGGAAGACAGUGCAGCCUGGCUACGAGAGAUGAACUGCCCAGAAACCAUUACUCAGAUUCAGAAAGAUCUGGCACAUUUCCCUGCUGUCGACCCAGAAAAGAUUGCAGCAGAAAUCCCAAAAAGAUUUGGACAGAGGCAGAGCUUGUGCCACUAUACCUUGAAGGAUAACAAGGUUUAUAUCAAGACUCACGGUGAACAUGUAGGUUUUAGAAUUUUCAUGGAUGCCAUACUACUUUCUUUGACUAGGAAGGUGAAGAUGCCAGAUGUGGAGUUUUUUGUUAAUUUAGGAGACUGGCCUUUAGAAAAAAAGAAAUCCAAUUCUAACAUCCAUCCAAUCUUUUCCUGGUGUGGCUCUACAGAUUCCAAGGAUAUCGUGAUGCCUACCUAUGACUUGACUGAGUCUGUUCUAGAAACCAUGGGCCGAGUAAGUCUGGAUAUGCUGUCUGUGCAAGCUAACACGGGUCCUCCCUGGGAAAGCAAAAACUCCACAGCUGUCUGGAGAGGGCGAGACAGCCGCAAAGAGAGACUCGAGCUGGUCAAACUCAGUAGAAAACACCCAGAACUCAUAGAUGCUGCUUUUACCAACUUUUUCUUCUUUAAACAUGAUGAAAGCCUGUAUGGUCCCAUUGUGAAACACAUUUCAUUUUUCGAUUUCUUCAAGCAUAAGUAUCAAAUAAAUAUCGAUGGCACUGUGGCAGCUUAUCGCCUGCCGUAUCUACUGGUUGGUGACAGUGUUGUGCUGAAGCAGGACUCCAUCUACUAUGAACACUUUUACAAUGAGCUGCAGCCGUGGAAACACUACAUUCCUGUUAAAAGCAACCUGAGCGAUCUGCUAGAAAAACUUAAAUGGGCAAAAGAUCACGAUGAAGAGGCAAAAAAGAUAGCAAAAGCGGGACAAGAAUUUGCAAGAAAUAAUCUCAUGGGUGAUGACAUAUUCUGUUAUUAUUUCAAACUUUUCCAGGAAUAUGCCAAUUUACAAGUGAGUGAGCCCCAAAUCCGAGAGGGUAUGAAAAGGGUAGAACCACAGACGGAGGAUGACCUCUUUCCUUGCACGUGCCAUAGGAAAAAGACCAAAGAUGAACUUUGAUAUGCAAAAUACCUUCCAUUCAAAUAAUGGUGCUCUGAAGACUCUUCUUAACUGAAAAGAAGACUGUUUUUUAAGUAUUCAUUCCAUGGACAAUAUAAAACCUGCCAUGUGAUUGUUUGGAUUAUGAAGAUAUGUUUCUACCUAUUAUGCAGUAUUCUCAUGACUGUCCUUUAAAGCAAAUUUUUAAAAUUUUAUAAUAAAACCACCUUUAUUUUAAAGG